UGUGAAUUCAUGAAGGAGUUAUGUAUAUCUUUCACCCUAAACUAAAUUUUCAUUUUUAGGCUAACUGCCUUUAGGAAAACAUUGUCGUUGAUGGUAACUUUCAUGGUGCUUACUUAAAGUAUUUUUAGUUAUAACAACACAAGAGGAUCAGACACUAUUUUUCAGAAUGCGGCUGGAACCAUUCACAAAAUGGAUUUUUCGUUAUUUUCUUUAUCUUAUGUGGUACUUCUUCUCAAAUGAGCUCCUGUGGCAAGCGCAAGAUUCUCGCUGGAUCUCAGUCUCCACAGUCUCUCAUUGUAGGAGGAACAGAAGCGACACCAAACUCUUGGCCAUGGAUAGUUAGUUUGACUCGAGGAGGCUCUAUUCAUUGUGCAGGAUCAAUUAUUAACAAAUAUUGGAUUUUGACAGCAGCUCAUUGUCUUGUACAAUCAACAAUGCCUGCAACGUUUUACUCCGGAAUUACAAUAAAUGUUGCAGAUCAUAGAACAGACACAACUAGUGUUUAUGAAUACUCUUUGACGUCAGUUGCCAUGUAUAUUCAUCCUAAAUAUUACACAAACGGACCUGUAUAUUUUUUGGACUAUGACGUUGCUUUGUUGAAACUGCCAACACCUUUGAACUUUACCGAACGUGUGCUGCCUGUUUGUCUUCCUAGUCGAGAUGAUAUUUUUAACGGAAAUGAUACAUGUUUUGUGAUUGGCUGGGGACGUACUGCAUCUGGCUUCACUUCUCCAUACUUACAACAGGUGAAACUUGAUGUUAUUAGUCUUCAAGAAUGCAAUAGUUCUAGAUUUUUUAACGGGAGAGUCUCACCAAGGUCAGUCUGUGGUGGUCGUAGAUCAGGUGGAGUCAGUGCAUGUAAUGGUGAUAGUGGUGGUCCCUAUCAAUGUAAACGCAAUAAUACUUGGAUACAAUUAGGGAUAGUCUCUUGGGGGGCAGGAUCGUGUGAGCAAGCUAGACAUUACAGCGUGUUUAUGGAUGUCAGAAAAUUCUUGGAGCCAUUUAUUGAAACAAUUCAAAGAGGUCAGAACACUAAUCUAACCAUGUACUACUCAAGAGCAAUUGGAGUUGUGUUUCAAAACUUAUCAGAACUAUAUUCCUCGAAUCUUUCGGUUAUUUUAACGAAUAAUGGAGAAUUUUCUGAUAUCGACAUGGUUGGAUAUUUUCAAGCACUUCCUUAUCAGAUUGAGCUUGUGAAGCAAACAACCUUAAUUGAUCUUAUUACUGUUUCCGGACACCAAGAUUUAACUUCAAAUACGACGACAAUACAACAUAUUGCUUCUGUUUUUGUCCGGUAUAUAUGUAUCCUGUAUGCUGAUUUUAGAUCUGGAAGAUCGGGCAGACGUACUUUUACACCUGAUUCCAAUAGUACGAUUGGUGGAGCUGGUAGUUGUUCCUUUGAAAAUGGCAUUAACAAUUCCAGAUGCACAUGGAAGAAUGUUAAUUAUCCACUUGACAACUUUGAUUGGACCAUCCAUUCAGGCUCAACACGAAGUUCGAGCACUGGACCUAGCUCAGACAGAAGAGGAUCGAUUUGUGGAAAAUACAUUUACAUUGAAACAUCAGGUCCCCGUGUGCUGGGUGAUAAAGCAUGGUUGGUUAGCAACUACUUUAAUACAACAAUUAAAUGUUUUACAUUUUGGUAUCAUAUGUAUGGAUCAACAAUUGGUUCUCUUAACAUAUACCAACAAUAUAUGGGAGGUAAAUUAAAGCUGUUGUGGACAUUAGUUGGCAAUAGGGGACAUCGAUGGAACAGAGGUCAAGUUACAACCAACUUUACCGAAGCAAAAACGAGGAUCAUCGUUGAAGGUGUUCGUGGCUCCAGCUUUACGGGUGAUAUUGCUCUAGAUGAUUUUGUUUUUCUUAAUGGCUCAUGUGAUAUCCAUCCCACCUAUGCCGAACCACGUUUUAUCGAUACUACAUCAACAAUUUCCCCAACUCCGAUGAUUUCCUACGGUAGUUGUACCUUUGAAAAUGGCAUUGACAAUUCCAGAUGCACAUGGAAAAAUGUUAAUUAUCCACUUGACAACUUUGAUUGGACCAUCCAUUCAGGCUCAACACUAAGUUCGAGCACUGGACCUAGCUCAGACAGAAGAGGAUCGAUUACUGGAAAAUACAUUUACAUUGAAACAUCAAGUCCCCGUGUGCUGGGUGAUAAAGCAUGGUUGGUUAGCAACUACUUUAAUACAACAAUUAAAUGUUUUACAUUUUGGUAUCAUAUGUAUGGAUCAACAAUUGGUUCUCUUAACAUAUACCAACAAUAUAUGGGAGGUAAAUUAAAGCUGUUGUGGACAUUAGUUGGCAAUAGAGGAAAUCGAUGGAACAGAGGUCAAGUUUCAACCAACUUUACCGAAGGAAAAACGAGGAUCAUCGUUGAAGGUGUUCGUGGCUCCAGCUUUACGGGUGAUAUUGCUCUAGAUGAUUUUGUUUUUCUUAAUGGUUCAUGUGAUAUCCAUCCCACCUAUGCCGAACCACGUUUUAUCAGUACUACAGCAACCAUUUACCCAACUCCGACGAUUUCCUACGUUACAUCUGAUUUCAAUAGUACGAUUGGGAGAACUGGUACUACAGCAACCAUUUACCCAACUCCGACGAUUUCCUACGUUACAUCUGAUUUCAAUAGUACGAUUGGGGGAACUGCCACACCUACCUCAACAAGCAGAAUUGGUGCAAAUGAGCCGGGAAUCAAUAUCUGUUCUGCUUUAUCAAUAAGUUCAAUAGGACUGUUGUGUCUCCAAACUAUCCUAAUGGCUCAGGAAGUAGGACCUGUACUUUGACAAUAAGGCAGCCCCUAAACAUUGCAGUGAGGUUUUGUGAAAAUUUCGCGUGAAUGCUCAAUACAAUAAAAAUUAUAACACAUGAAAAAUAGAACAUAAUCUACAAAUAAGUUUUAAUGUAACCGAAAUUCUCAAAUAUUUAAAAUAAUUAUUCGUAGAAGUAAUUCUAUGCUAACCAUAAUGUUCUUUGAAUGAUUAACAAUCGUCGCACAAAAUAUUAGGAAAAUUCUCCGUACCAAAAAAGAUGCAGUCAAUUCUUUUAAAACUGUAUAAUAAAUGUGUAAAGGAAAAUAAAACAUGGUUGCCAUAA